AUGGACGACCUCGCCUCCCUCGAGUUGCUCUCGCUGGUCUCGAGAGUGACGUCCGAGAUCAAGAACCAUCUAGGCGUCGAGGAUAAAACGCUCGCCGAAUUCUUCCUAGAUCAGCACGAACAAUGCGCCGGGGGGACGCUGCCCGAGUUCAAGAAAGUCAUGCAUGCCCUCGACGACAGCCUGCCGGAGUCCUUGGUGGAGAGCAUACACCGGUCGAUACACACGAUGCACCCUAAGUAUAAGAAGCAGCAUGCAGCGAAGGACUCCCUGGACGAAUUCAGUGCACUCGCAUCUAAGGCCAAGAUGUUCACUGGCCUUGCUGUGCCUGACCGACAGCAGCAGUGGGACGAGCUUGAAGAUGACACACCAGGCCAGAAGACCAUUGAGGUUGCGCCGACAGAGCCCGCCCUAGAUGACACUUUCGCAAUGCUUGCGGGGCUGGCGCCUUCAGCCAACGGCCACUCGAGAAAGAGAAGUCGCAGUCCGGAGCGGGAGAACGGAUCAUUUGAGCGACGAUCAAAACAGCGAUACUCGAGGAGUCCGAGUCCGCGACGGGAGAAGCAUUCGAGACGAAGGCGCGACAGUGACGAGUACGAUGACAGACGGUCAAGGCAUAGGCAUCGCGAUAGAGAUCACCGGAGUAGUCGGAAGGAGGAGAAUCUCGACGAGCAUCCCGUCCUUUUCAAGAUCUACGAUGGCGUGGUCAAGAACGUCAAGGAUUUCGGAGCCUUCGUCAACCUACGAGGCGUAAAAGGGUCUGUCGACGGCCUGGUACACGUCUCGGCUAUUCAAGAUGGCGCUCGAGUGAACCAUCCAUCAGAUCUGCUAUCGAGAGAUCAAGUCGUCAAGGUUAAGGUCAACAAGCUUGAAGACGGCAAGAUUUCGCUGUCAAUGAAGGAGGUAGACCAGAUCACAGGGGAAGACCUAGCACCCUCAAAACGGAUAGCAUCAGGCGCUAAUAUGGAGAGGAUGAGUGGUAUGGAUCGCUUCGGCAACAUGGCACAAGAGGUGCCCGUGAUCGAAGAAGAUCUGAGGCACGGCCGGAAUGGAAGACCAAACCGAAAGCGGAUGACCACGCCGGAAAGAUGGGAGAUCAAGCAACUGAUUGCUUCAGGGGCUGCGAAAGCCGAAGACUAUCCUGAAGCAUUUCAAGAAUACAACGACAACCUGAACGGAGACGGCAAUCCCGACGAACUGGAGGAAGACGUUGAUAUCGAGGUUCGCGACGAUGAGCCGCCUUUCUUGGCUGGGCAGACGAAGCAGUCCCUGGAACUAUCUCCUAUACGUGUUGUCAAGGCACCAGAAGGGUCUCUCAAUCGUGCUGCUCAGAGCGGAACGAACUUGGCGAAAGAGCGGCGAGAAAUGAGGCAGCAGGAGGCAACAGAUAAAGCGGCCGAAGAAGCAUCCAAAGUCAACCUUAACGAGCAAUGGCAAGAUCCUAUGAUCAAUCCCGAAGACCGCAAAUUUGCGUCUGAACUACGACAAACCCAACAGCAGACCACCAAAGCGAUCGGAGCGGUGCCUGAAUGGAAGCGUGCCACUCAAGGUCAGAAUGUGUCGCUAGGGAGGAGGACCGAUAUGACUAUCAAACAGCAGCGCGAAUCCCUGCCGGUCUUCAAAUUUCGCAAGCAGAUCUUGGACGCGGUCGCACAGAAUCAGCUAUUGAUUGUUGUUGGCGAUACUGGCUCCGGUAAAACCACUCAACUUACCCAGUAUCUGGCCGAGGGUGGCUAUGCUAACGAUGGCAUGAUCGCAUGUACUCAGCCUCGACGAGUGGCAGCCAUGUCAGUGGCAAAGCGUGUUUCUGAAGAGGUUGGUUGCGAGCUAGGGCGGGAAGUUGGCUACACCAUCCGAUUCGAAGAUCGAACAUCUCCAGAGACACGCAUCAAGUACAUGACAGACGGUAUGUUGCAGCGCGAGAUUCUUAUGGACCCUGAUCUGAAGCGUUAUACUGUCAUUAUGCUGGACGAAGCCCACGAGAGGACGAUUGCAACUGACGUGCUCUUCGGUCUGCUGAAGAAGACAAUAAAGCGACGGCCGGACCUCAAGUUGAUCGUGACAUCUGCAACGCUGGAUGCCGACAAAUUCAGCGACUACUUCAACCAGUGCCCGAUCUUCUCGAUUCCUGGCCGAACAUAUCCAGUUGAGAUCAUGUACUCUAGAGAGCCUGAAGAGGACUAUCUGGAUGCAGCAUUGACGACAGUAAUGCAAAUACAUCUCACGGAACCCGCGGGCGAUAUCCUGGUGUUCUUGACCGGUCAAGAGGAGAUUGACACAAGUUGCGAGGUCCUCUACGAGCGCAUGAAAGCUUUGGGGCCCAGCGUGCCCGAGCUGAUCGUUCUGCCCGUGUAUUCAGCGCUUCCCAGCGAAAUGCAGAGCCGAAUCUUCGAUCCUGCUCCUCCUGGCAGCAGGAAAGUUGUUAUCGCCACGAACAUUGCCGAGACCUCCAUCACUAUUGACCACAUCUACUAUGUCAUCGAUCCUGGCUUUGUGAAGCAGAACGCCUAUGACCCGAAAUUAGGCAUGGAUUCACUCAUUGUGACGCCCAUAUCUCAAGCUCAGGCCAAACAGCGUGCUGGCAGAGCUGGCCGUACCGGGCCUGGCAAGUGCUUCCGUCUGUACACGGAAGCAGCGUAUCAAUCAGAGAUGCUUGCAACCACGAUCCCAGAAAUUCAAAGACAGAACCUCUCGAACACGAUCCUGAUGCUCAAAGCAAUGGGCAUUAACGAUCUCCUGCACUUUGACUUCAUGGACCCGCCUCCCACCAACACUAUGCUGACAGCUCUGGAGGAGCUCUACGCCCUGUCCGCUCUCGACGACGAGGGCCUCCUGACCCGGCUCGGCCGCAAAAUGGCCGAUUUUCCCAUGGAGCCCGCCCUGGCCAAAGUCCUGAUUGCUUCCGUCGACUCCGGCUGCAGCGAGGAGAUGCUGUCCAUCGUCGCCAUGCUAUCGGUACAAUCCGUCUUCUACCGACCCAAGGAGAAACAAACGCAAGCGGACCAGAAAAAGGCCAAGUUCCACGACUCCCACGGUGACCACCUGACCCUAUUGAACGUCUAUAACGGCUGGAAGAACUCCCGCUUCUCCGAUCCGUGGUGCUUCGAGAAUUUCAUCCAGAAGCGCCAGAUCAUGCGUGCCCGCGACGUCCGACAGCAACUCCUCCAGAUCUUUACGCGGUACAAGCACCCUGUCAUAUCCUGCGGCCGCAACACUCUCAAGGUCCGACAAGCGCUCUGCUCGGGCUUCUUCCGCAACAGUGCCCGCAAGGACCCUCAGGAAGGGUAUAAGACGCUUAUCGAGGGAACGCCGGUGUAUAUGCAUCCUUCAUCGGCGCUAUUUGGGAAGCCCGCGGAGCAUGUGAUCUACCACACGCUGGUAUUGACGACAAAAGAGUACAUGCACUGUGCGACGGUGAUCGAGCCAAGAUGGCUGGUGGAGGCGGCGCCUACGUUCUUCAAGGAGGCAGACAAGGGGAAGCUGAGUAAGCGGAAGAAGGCGGAGAGGAUACAGCCGCUGCAUGAUAAGUUUAGGGGAGAGGAUGAGUGGCGGUUAAGUGCGCAGAGGAGGCAGGGGGGACGCGGUGGUGGCGGGACUUGGGGCUAG